AUGGCAUUAGCUUUAAGAGAUCAUCAUCAUACUAAAUCUCACAAUAAAACACACGAUAAACUCAAAACUAUCUUUGAUUCUUUAGGAUCAACUGAUUAAGAUCUUAACCAAUAAUCAAACCCAGAAUCAAUGAAAAUGGAAGUUGCAAAGUUUAAGGGUUAAAUGAGGAGAUAGGAAAUAGAGUAUAACCUAAAUGUUGCUCUUCUUGAGGGAAUUUUUAGCAAAAAGGAAUAUGAUGUGAAAAUGAAGCUAGUUGAAGAAAACAAAGAGUUGAUUAAUAGGUCAGUAUUAAAUCCAGAAGAGGAUAAGUUAAUAGAACAGAGAUUGGGGCUUGUAACAUAAGUAAGAGAGGUGUAAAAUUUAGCGCAAUAAUCCAAUCAGAAAAUAGACAAGGAAGAAUUUGUAACUGAAAUAUUUUAAGUUAACUUCCAAAUUUAGUAAAAAGGACUGAAGGAUGCAUAGUUAUUGAUUAAAAGACUUAAUGAGGAUAAGAAGGAAAGAGAAUAGAAAAAGCUCAUACAAUAAAAAUUAGAGUAAGAGAAAAGAAAGAAAGGUGAGGAUGAGAUAAUGAGAAAGUAAGAGGAAGAGAUGUUUAAGAAAGAGGAAGAGAAACGCAAAAAGUAGGAAGAAAUAGAAAAGAAAUUCUAAGACAAACAUUAGGAGAGAUAAAAGUACAGAGAAGACUCUCAAGUUAAAAUUAAGACAGUAAUCAAUUCAAAGCCCUUGUAUAAGUAAUAUGAGGAGAAAUAUAUACAGGAGAUAGAGAUGCCAUAACUAGAAAUGAAGAAGAAAUAACUUGAAGAGUUGCGUAAUCUUCACAAACCAAUUCAGAAGUAAGAUCUAUUAGAGCAUGCUAUGAAAUAUGAACGCAUGAAGCAGUAAUAAUUGGAAGAUAUCAAGAAGCAUAGGGAUUUAAGUAUCCAGGCAGAGAAGGAUCGUACUGCUAAUCUUAGAUAUAAAAUCAAAGAAAGUUUGAAUUUGUCAGUUAUUGAUCCAAAGAAAAUUGAAGAUGAGAAAAUAUUAGAAGAACGCAAGAAAUAUACAGACAAGGUUAGGAAUUAUGCGAAGUAAGUCAAGGAAAUGUAUUGGCCAAAAGUCAGUGAAACUAAAUAAUUAGAGUUAGAGUAAAGAAUAGACUAGCUACGUAGUUAGAACAUUCGUAGAAGUGUAAAUGACCUAACAGGAGAUGGUAAGAACACUAAUAGAAGAAGUGGAAGAGGAACUGCGUCUGCUACACAAGAUGAUGAAACUGCCUCUCAAAUUGAAAAAAAGGUAAUUGAUUGGAAGAAACUAAUUAAUCCAAUGGCACCUUAGUAAAAGCAUCCAAAACUAGACGAUUCUGUUUAUAAAUCAAUGGAUUUCUUGAGAGAGUUAAGAGCGAAAAGAGAAUAAGAUGAGAAAGAUGGUAUUGCUCCAAGGAGAGUAAAUGAUCUUCAGAAAAUUGAAAAGAUGCUUGCUAACCCUAAUAUUAGUGAUAAUGAGAAAAUGGAUUAUGUAAAGAAAAGAGCUGAACUCAUUGAAAAGCAGGCUUUAAGAGAUGAAAUGCUAAUAAGAGCUGGCCAUGUAGAUAAUAUUGAAAAGAAUAUUGCAGUAAAUGAUAAAUACAUUGACGCUAUUACUGCUAAGCUUAAGAUUCUAGAUCAGAUUUGA